ACAUCACUACACUACUACUACUACUACUACAUUCAGUAAACGUGUAUUGCAAUUUGUUAUUUGGGUUGUAAUUUCAUGUAAUGUGCAACGCCUUGUAGAAAUAUAGAUAGAAAAAAAAACAAGAAUAUUACGUAUCAAUUACGUAUUUCGCAUUAAACGAUUUGAUUGCUCUGUCGGUUGAAUAUUUUAAUUGAGGUUACUGCGAAAAUGUCGAAGAUAUUUACACCAACGAAUCAAAUAAGAUUGACGAACGUUGCUGUCGUUCGUAUGAAGAAAGGUGGUAAACGAUUCGAAAUUGCCUGUUAUAAGAACAAAGUAAUAUCCUGGAGAAACAAAUUGGAAAAGGACAUUGAUGAAGUAUUGCAAACACAUACAAUAUUUACCAAUGUAUCAAAGGGCCAGGUUGCAAAAAAGGAAGAUCUUGUGAAAGCUUUUGGCACAGAUGAUCACACUGAAAUAUGCAAACAAAUUCUUGCAAAAGGUGAACUUCAAGUUUCCGACAAGGAAAGACAUUCAGCAUUGGAGUCCAUGUUCAAAGAUAUUGCCACGACAGUUGCCAGUAAAUGUAUCAAUCCAGAGACAAAGCGGCCAUAUCCAGUUUCCAUGAUCGAGAAUGCCAUGAAAGAUGAAAUACACUUUUCUGUUAAACCCAAUCGCAAUGCCAAACAACAAGCACUGGAUGUCAUCGCACAAUUGAAAGCUGUGAUGCCUUUGGAACGUGCACAGAUGAGGCUCAGAAUUGUCAUUCCAGAAAAGGAGGCGAGAAGAUUGAAAGAUAAAGUGAUCAAACUGAUAACUAAAAUGGAAACAGAGGAGUGGGACAGUGGAUCCUUAACAAUGCUCUGCUUAAUCGAUCCAGGUCAAUAUAGAGCAAUAGAUGAAUUAGUCCGAUCCGAAACAAAGGGCACUGCUUUACUUGAAUUGGUUAAUUUGCAAGAAGUAAUUGAAGGCGAAGAACUCUUAACAUAAAUUGUAAAUAGACUGACAUUUUUUUAAUUGUUGUCAAGAUUUAUAUUUAUUAAGUAUAAUUUGUUGUUGAUAACUUUGUUACAUAAUAACAUCAUGGCUAAUAAAGUAAUUUUGGUUUGUAUUUACAAUGAUCACUAAUGUCUCAUUUAAGUAAAUUAUCUACAUAUGUGUGCCAUACAACCAUAUCUUUACCACACCACUGUUCUUUCACUAAAACUGCAAUAAAAAUUUGUUUAUUAAGAUUA